AUGGGGAGCGUCGGGCCGCCGGGGGUGGCGCUAUCUAGCCUGCCGCCGCCGCCGCCGCCGCCGGUGGCUGCAGCGGUGGCCGCAGGAGCAGGAGGCUCUGCUGACGGAGGGCAAGAGCAGAAGCCCGCUCAGAACGGCGGACCGGCGGCCGGCGCCGCACCGGCGAUGGGCGAGGAAGGCGCGGAGUACCAGGGCCUCCCUGGCGGCGCUGGCGCGGGCGCCGCGCCAGCGCCAUCGCCGGCGUCGCUCUCGAUCGUGCCGCUCAUCUUCAUCAUCUUCUACGAGGUCUCCGGCGGGCCGUUCGGGAUCGAGGACAGCGUGGGCGCGGCGGGUCCGCUCCUCGCCAUCGCGGGCUUCCUUGCCCUCCCCCUCAUCUGGAGCGUCCCGGAGGCGCUAAUCACGGCGGAGCUGGGCACCAUGUUCCCGGAGAACAGCGGCUACGUCGUGUGGGUGGCCUCGGCGCUCGGCCCCUACUGGGGGUUCCAGCAGGGCUGGAUGAAAUGGCUCAGCGGCCUCAUCGACAAUGCUCUCUACCCCGUCCUCUUCUUGGACUACCUCAAGUCCGGCGUCCCGGCGCUGGGCGGAGGCGCGCUCAGGACCGGCGCUGUCCUUGGGCUGACCGCGCUGCUCACGCUCCUCAACUACCGCGGGCUCACCGUCGUUGGCUGGGCUGCCAUCUGCCUCGGGGUCUUCUCCCUCCUGCCUUUCCUGGUCAUGGGCUUCAUCUCCAUCCCCAAGCUCCGGCCGGCGAGGUGGCUCGAGGUCGAUCUCCACACCGUCGACUGGAACCUGUACCUGAACACUCUGUUCUGGAACCUCAACUACUGGGACUCGAUCAGCACGUUGUCCGGCGAGAUCAGGAACCCUGCCAAGACUCUGCCCAAGGCCCUGUUCUACGCGGUCAUCUUCGUGGUCGUCGGUUACCUGUACCCUCUCCUCACCGGGACAGGCGCGGUGCCUCUGGACAGGGAGCAGUGGACAGACGGCUACUUCGCGGACAUCGCGAAGCUGCUCAGCGGCGCGUGGCUGAUGUGGUGGAUGCAGGCGGCGGCGGCGAUGUCGAACAUGGGCAUGUUCGUGGCGGAGAUGAGCAGCGACUCGUACCAGCUCCUGGGCAUGGCGGAGCGGGGCAUGCUGCCGGCCUUCUUCGCGACCCGGUCGCGGUACGGAACCCCGCCGGUCGGCAUCCUCUUCUCGGCCUCCGGCGUGCUGCUGCUGUCGACGAUGAGCUUCCAGGAGAUCGUGGCGGCCGAGAACUUCCUCUACUGCUUCGGCAUGCUCCUCGAGUUCCUGUCGUUCGUCCUGCUGAGGGUGAGGCGGCCCGACGCCCCGCGGCCGUACAGGGUGCCGCUGGGCACAGCCGGGUGCGUGGCAAUGCUGGUGCCCGCGACGGCGCUGAUCGUGGCGGUGCUCGCGCUGUCGACGCUGAAGGUGGCGCUGGUAAGCCUCGGCGCCGUGGCUGUCGGGCUCGUGCUGCAGCCUGUGCUCAAGUUCGUGGAGAAGAAGCGGUGGCUCAGGUUCUCGGUCAACUCGGACCUCCCCGGCAUCGACGUGAACCACCAGCCCGCCGCUCCCGACGAGCCGUUGAUCGUGUAG